ACAUUCAACUCCUAGAUGUUUGAAUUUUAUAUAUGUGCCUCUUUUACACGAUGGCUUUGGUUCAAAUUCUUUGAGUUGCCUGUUGAUCAACAUUUACAAUUUUAUUGCUUAACUAGGGAAUCAAGGCACUAAGAUGAUAUGCAUAAAGAGAAAAAAAAAAAAAACCCAUUAUGUUGAUAUAAUUUCGUUCAUGGUACUCAGUCAUACUGAUGUAGUAAUGUGAUGGCAAUUAUACUUUAGUGUUCAACCCUCUGAACAGUUGUCACAUUUCAUGUCAUCUUUAUUUUAUGACAAUAUUUCUCUAAUUAUAGUAAUAGUCAUCAAUCCAAAUUAUAGUGAAGCCAUCAGGACAUAAAAAAUUUAAAUCCAAGAACGUGUUAUGUGAAAACACUGCUAAGCAAACAACUUAGACCAACUGCUGAGAAAGUAUUAUUGCAACCAUAUAUGGAGCAUAUAAAAUGCACACAUGUUGCUCUUGGGUGACAGCAUGAUAUCCUGGUUAGAUUUCAUUUUUAUGAAAUUUUUACUGUAAACUUAUGAGGGUUACUUAUCAUUUGAGUAGUGCAAUGGGUAUCAAGGGGUCACUGGCCAAUGUUGACACAGGGACACCAUGGUGUGUUUUCUGAGAAAGUCUAUUGUCCUCCGCCAAAAAUCCAGCCAUUUUCUAAUGAUAUAUAGUGUAAUGCAACUUAUUCUAGAAUAUUGAAUCGUUGUCUGCUCUUCAGCAUCUUUGGCUAACAUUAUUGAGAAUACAUAGUGAUUGUCAAUCAUUUUCUGCAUAUCCAUUUCACUUUUUUCCUAGCUUCGAUUAAUUAUUCAGUUUUUAAAUGGUUGGGAAGGGUUUCUGUUUCAUAUUCAGGUGUUACUUUCUACUUGCUCCCUUUCGACAGAUGCCAACCCAGAUGAUCUACUAGAGCCAGAAAUUUCUCAUCUAUACAAGACCGAUAGGGCCAAGAAUGAGACAACUACAAGGAGCUGGACUAAAAAAAUAUGCGAUGGGCUCGUUUGUAUUAUGGGAAGGGUACGAGGGAUGUCACUGUUGGUUCUCAUCUCCAUGACCUGUGGAUCUUAAUCCUAGAUUUCAAGCCAGUGAAGAAACUAUCUCGCAUCAUGGCUUCUUAUGGAUGAUGGAGGAUAAAGGCGGAAAAUGGGCCAGAGCGCCGAGCUGCUCCAAUUGUAUUUCCACCCCCACUUGAAUUCUGAGGCUUAGAGAGCCAUCAAAUUUGAGUCUCCAUUAAUGGGUCGAGUUUGUUCCGGCGGAAUUAGGUUCAGAGAAAUUCGAACCACCACCCACAAACCGGCGACGGAGACCAAAUUGGUUCGAAUUUCGUUCACCGACGGCGACGCCACCGAUUCCUCGAGUGGGGAAGACGAAGAGACAAUCUCCAUCCGCCACGUCAAACGCCAUGUGACUGAGAUCAGGCUUCUCACUCGUAGUUCCAAAAAAUCGCCGCUGAAAUCGGGAGCUGAUCCGCUGCGUAACUCGAAGUGUCAUAGAAAGUUCCGGGGAGUUAGGCGACGGCCGUGGGGGAAAUGGGCUGCCGAAAUCAGAGACCCUUUCCGGCGGACUAGAGUUUGGCUUGGAACCUACGACACGCCGGAGGAAGCUGCCGUCGUGUACGACCAAGCCGCCGUCCGCCUUAAAGGCCCCAACGCUCUAACAAAUUUCGCCGAAGCUCCCAAUUCCAAAAGUACCGUUGCCACACAUUUCACUCCGCCGCCGCUGGCUGUGGCGAUUUCCGAUAGAGAAGAAUCUCGGAGUCUGUGCUCUCCGACUUCCGUUUUGAGAUUAGAAGAACAAAUUUGGAGACCCAUUGAGCAUGUAAGCGAAGAGUCAGCAUUAGAAAUGGAAUUAAAUUGGUUAUAUGAUCGGAAUUCCAACAGUUUGUUGUUCAAUUCAAGAAGCCCACAGCCCAUAAAUUCCGACGAAAUGGAAGAUUUCGGCGACAUUCCGAUGGAUUUCGAAUCAUGCAAAUGGGACGUAGAGAAUUAUUUUCAAGAUCCAACCUUUAGUAUUUCACUCACUCACUGACAGACUGACAAAUUCGCUAUCUUUUUUAUUUUAUUUUAUUUAUUUUGUUAUUAUUAAAAUUUAAAAUUUGGUUCCCUUUAAAUUUGUAUUCUAACAUAUGUUUUAUUUAUGAGCUUUUUAUUUUUUUUUGGAGUGAAGCUGUAUUGUAUGGAAAUAGAAUAGUGAAGGUUAAACUUUAUGUAAUCAACUUUUU